UAGAGGAUAUACACAUUACAGACCCCAAAACUGGCUCAUACAAUUCUUUCCAAACAUAAGGGGAAAAAAAAAGUUAUACUUUCUUUUUGGUUACUCAUUGGUACGACAAUAUUUCAUUCUAAUGCAAUAUGUUUCACAUUUUUUUCAAUCUAGACCAUUGAGUCAUCUUUGUUUGAGAAUCGAAGUGGAUCGGCUUCAGCUAUCAGGGCAGUGUACGAUGAGAAGGACAAGAGUAUUGCUGCUCAUUUUCGUUCAACAAGAUUAAAAGAUGUUGAUCAUAUGUUUGAUGAUUCAGAAAUUUCAGUACGGGUCGCUAAAGCUAGAGAGUCUCCUCCGCCAUCGGCAAGGCCUGAAAUCUCAUUAUACUACCCUGAGUACCAAGAUUCUGGUACCUUUGUUACCAAUCUCAAACUUUGGUGUCUCCCCCAUCGAAACGCUGCGGUGACCUUCUUCGCUGAUAUGCCCAAAAUCUGCCGCAAAUAUAGUAUGUCAGCAAGCAUUGGCACUCCAGGCAUUGCAUUUGGCAUGCAGGGAAUGUUGGGACUCCCAUUCAUCUCAGGAGGACAUUUCACAGUGUGGGAUGCAGGCAUUCAAGUUACAAAGUCCGCUUGCGAUGCCUCUAUAACUUUGAGGUUAUGUUGUACCAAGAAAGGCCAAAUUGGCUACAACAAGGGUCACUGGCUUGAGGCAUCAUAUGUUCAUUAUAUGGACGAAGCCAAGAAGAUUUCUGCAGGAGUAAAGAUGACUCUAAAUCUCAGAACAGGACGAGGGAGAUCAACAAUUGGCGGAUCAUGGGUAGGCGAGGAUGAUCGGACGGCUGUGAAGGCCAGAUUUGAUAACCGCGGGAUACUUAAGGCUCUCCUGCGUCAUGAUAUCCAUGAUAAUGCACGUUUAUCAAUCUCUAGUGAAUAUGACGUCGGAGAGGCCUCGGGACCUAGAUUUGGUUUGGCUCUUGUUCUAAAGCCUAAAAAUUGACAUUCCGUGGUCUUGUUCUAAAUUCAAGUCUCAGACGCAAAGAGGCAAAGAUGGAUCCUCUUGAACUAUUUCUAUAGUAGUAUUAUAAUUUUCUUUUUAGUUUCAUGAGAAAACUAACUUUUCUGCUCUUUUAUCAAUGUUUUCUUGCUCCGGCAUGUCUUAAUACUUCGAACAUAUUCAUUUCACAAGUAUGGUGUGUUUCCAAAGUCCGAGUAUAAGUGAAUAUUUCAUUUAUCAUCC